GGCAACGCAUUGGCAUUGUAGACACGAAAAGAAAACAAAUCGAAAUUUUUAAACUACACUUUGUGCUGCCAAGAGAAAUCUUCCAUAAAAUAAUAAAGUUGAAUCAUGUCUACAAAUCCAAAUGCAUUGAGCAUGCCAACGUCAACAGCACCGGCGCAGGCAGCCGCUGCACAAAGCCCAACCACACGCAAUGCGAUUGCCAGCAACUUUCGCGAACUGACCAAAGAUCCCAAGAAACUGGACGAAGCCGCCAAUCAGCUGUACGAGUCGCUGCUGGAGGACGCUGUGACCGGCAUUUUCAUUGAGGUUCAUCAUUUGCGCAAAACCGGAAAUCUGUCGGCCCUGGACGGAGUGCCCGAGGAGUCGACACAUCGCAUUUGCGAAGUUCCAAAUUUGGAUAUAUUUGGCGUUUCCACGGCGAAGAAGGCAAUUGAUUGCACCUGCCCCAACUGUGACAGACUAGUGGCGGCUGCACGUUUUGCCCCACAUCUUGAGAAGUGCAUGGGCAUGGGCCGCAUAUCAUCCCGCAUCGCAUCCCGUCGCCUGGCGACCAAGGAGGGCAGCAGUGCCAGCUCGAAUUCCUCGUAUGUGCACUCUGGAGCCAAUACAGGCGGCACAGACGACGAAGACGAUGUCGACUGGUCUUCUGAUAAGCGCAAGAAGAAGUCCACUCAAAACUCACGUAACAAUGGCUCCAAAAAGAACAAUGGCAAAACAUUUUAAACAGCUCUCGGUCAAGCUCUGUGCAAUAAUGGAGGAAUGUGAAUGUAUUAAAUUUCCUUGCAUUGUACAAACAA